CUCAAAAAUGUGUUGUGCUUGGGUCCGCAAUGUUUAUGAAGAUUUUUGGAAUUACGCAUCGUAAAUUUAAUUGUUGCGUUGAUAUUAUUGCAUUGUUGUUUUAUAUUGUGUUGUUACCAUGAUUAUACCACCUUUUCCACCCCAGGAUCUGGCCAAGUUGGUCCUUGGCUACCUGGCGGAGGAGCAGCUAAUGACUGCUUAUGACGAGUUCCUACAGGCUAGCCCUUAUCUGGACGCGCUGAGAAAUGAGUAUGACAGAAUAUUUAUGACAUCACUGAAGAAUAUUUUGGCAGAAUACAGGGCAGUGAAAAUAUACGUGGAGACUUGCAAACCCUAUAGCUUGAGGAGGAGAUUGUUUGGAUGCACCAAUUUGUUAGAGGUGGUCAAGUUCCUUAUAAAGCAUGUGGACUGCAACAAAAUACAAGAUGGACAAGCAAUUUUGGACAGUAGAAAUUCAACAGACAGGUCCAGUGUGUGUGCAGUCUGCAACUCUCUGAAACUUGACAGCUGCAUGUGCAAGAGUCGGCAUAGCAAGAUUUCCUUAAAUAAGUCUUCAAGUCUGAAGGAAGAAAGUGCUUUGGAGAGUUCUGUUGAAACCACCUCAUUACAAGAUCUACCAGGUCACCAUGUCACCACAAGAAAGAAACAAGUUCGGACUUUACCCAAGGAGAGCAAAGUUACUCAGUCCUCAUACAGCAGUGACGUAAAUACGUUAUAUCCGUCUACGGAUAGCACAAGUAUGGCACACCCUGAUCCUACUCUAUUAGGCCAUACACACACUUCGCAAGUUCAUUUAGAUAACAAUAGAACUCUUGUUCCGAAUAAUGACUUUCCUGUAAACAUGAUCCCGCCGCAAUCAACACAAACAUUAGAUGAAGCUAAUAAUUAUAAAGCAGCUGGCUAUAAUAACACAAUACAUCAGUCUGAAAAUAAUUUUGGACAUCCAACUAUUGGUAGAGUUUCCAUGGCUGGCACAUUUCAAGACUUUUCUAAUGGUGUCAAAGUCAAUGAAAAAGUCAAUUUGGUUGUACCUGAUUCUAAUACUCCUGAUAAUAUGAACUUACCAGCUUCAGCACAAAAAGAACAUAUAAUAGGUACUGAGGCAAAUAACAGUACUGCUGUCGCUAAUUCUAAACCAAACGGUUCGAAGGCACACAUAUUUUUGACUGUUGGCACUAUUAAAACUAGUCAAACAAGCGAUUCAAGUAGACCAAAUAGUCCAUUAAUGAGUUUCGCUGGUAAUUUAAGACCUAAAACUUGUGAACAAAAGGUCACUAUCCUUUCAGAUAUUAAAGUUGAUAAAACAUUUAACAGUGAAAACUCAAACAUGCCUGCAGUAUUAAAGAAUGCUACUUCGACGCCGCUGAUGCACAUGCAAACAAUUCUCAUAAAUGGAACUACUGCUUAUAAACAGCAACCGCAGAUAAUUCAACAUCGUAACUUUACCAAAGAUGAGAUUAUGGCAAUGCCAACUAUAAUCGUUGUACCUACAUCAGGUCAAUCGGAAGUACCUGCAAGCAUUUCAUCAGAGACUGUGACGUCACAGCUUGUGAAUUCCUCUGUUAGCACGGCAAGUUCAACCGGCUUGGGGCCUCUAGUUAUUGACGUGACUUCUCAAAGUCCCGUUUCAAGAAAACAAAAUACAUGUUCUACCAACAUUCCAAAACUCAUACCAGAAACACUGGAGAAAGGAGCAGGAAUGUUGGUAAAAACAGUGGAACUCAAAAAUGUAUCCUUACCAAAAGACAGUACUGAUACCUUGAAUAAAGGCACACCUUUAGUUCUUCCUCCUACGAGAAAAUCAUCGUCUACACCUCGUAGGACUUCACACGUUCGCGUGUUAGACUUUACUACGCCCCGUAGAAUAUUACAGGAGGCUAUUUUGGAACAUAAUAUGGAAAAUCCGAGUACAGAAACUGAAGUCAUUAUAAGUAAAAGUCCUAACCUAAAUACAUUUGCCAAACCUAAUACUGAAAAUACGAUAGAGAAUGAUGACAUUGAGAAAGGUGUUGGUGUUGCAAAUAGCAGUGGAUCUUCAAAAGAAAACGACAAUACAGUUCAAGGAGUUUCGACCAAAAGACAUAAUUGGGAUGCUGACCUACGAGCACUAGCCGUGACUAACAAAAAAGAAGACAUACCUAAAUCUUGUAUAAUGCCUAGAUGUAGACCAAAGUCCAAAACUGCGAAAAAACCUAAGUUAUCAACUAUAGAAAAGAAAGCUAAUGCAAAGGUGUCUGUAGAGAAUGUCUCAAUUUCUACUAAAAAUAAACAAAAGACUUCGAAAAGUAAACGUAAAUCGCAAGAAAUCUUAGAAGAGGCAGAAGUAAUAGUUGAAGAGACUGCUUCUGUCCCUGUUAAACCAACGAUUAAUAUUAUAAGUGGUUCCGAUUGGAAUCACGCUCAAGAAACAGACCAGAAACAGAAUAAGUCAAAUAACGAUGAUGAAACAGAAACACCAGAACUGGAUAGGUUAUCGUUACAAAAUGCAAUUGGUGCCAAACUCAAUAUUUCAGAUUUACUAGAAACACCUUAUAAACAGGCUCUGUACGAUAUUCAAAUGGAAACUCCAAGGUUUCUGGGACCAGAUUUGCCAGAUGAACCGUUGUCUGAUAUCAAGAUAAUGAAUAUACCGACUCCCAGAUUUCUAAAUACUCCCAAACCAAUUCAAGCAACACCUUCAUCUUAUUCAUCUCGUCCUACAGAUUAUUCUAGUGGUGGUUCGUAUUAUAAGCCUGACGAUCUAGAUUAUAUGCGAGUAGAAGAUUUGGGAUACCCACCUUCAGUCCCAAAAGAUAAAGAAACAGUCAACGCUACGAAUGAAGAGGCGAAAAGCCCGAAAGCGAAAACCAAACGGAGUAAAAGUAACAAUUCAAAAUUAUCACGACCAGUAAGGAAAUGUGCUAAAAAUGUGUCUUAUUACAGAAAUCAUCUAAAUAAAUCCAGUGAAGGAGAUGAUAAAUCAGAAGCAGCUUCCUCAUGCAGUGAACCAAUUGAUAAUAAAAUGAACAAAGAUGCCGUCUCUAAGACAGUAAGACAAAGUAAAACGAAAAGCAUAACUGAAACUAAUAAAAAGAGAGAUAGUGACUCUAAAAAACGUAAAAGUCCGAUGAAAAAAGAAUCACAUAGAGCUUUUAUGAAAAUUAAACCGAGACGAAUUACGCCCACAAAAGAGAGUGCAAAGACUAAAAGAACACCUGAAGGACAGGGGAGAAAGAGGACAACCAGCAAAGACAAGAAAGUUAAUGUUACACCUGUUAUUGUAUCAGCCCCUACAAAAUCACGUCGGAAAUCUUCUACGCCAAGAAAGAUUCAUUGUACUAAAACUUUCAAUACAGAAAGUUAUGGUAAUGAAUCUCCUGAAACUGUUUCGAAACCAGUUGUUAUUCAAGAGUCAAGUUUAUCGUGCGCUCAAGAUUCGGAUACUGAACAAUUACCGCUUCGAUGGUCUGAUGACGGGUCACAAGACGUUAAAUCAAAAGAACCACAUGAUGUUGUAUGUACUGGUAGUGGUACCUAUAACAAUGAAGCUGAAGAUAUAACAAAGAUAAAGGAAUACAUUGCUUCUGAAUUACAAAACGCUACAGCUAAUGCUUCAUCUAACGAUCGUGGAAGUAAUUUACAUAUCGAUUUAGUUAACAGAGGGUUUGAUAUUGAAACAGCCAAAAUUAUAGAACGAGAUUUACUCGAUACACCACCACAUGUAAAGGAAAACAUAGUAAAUGUAAGUUCUGAAUUAAUAGUAUCCAAAGAAAACGAAGCUCCAUUAAAUAAAACUGUUGCAUCUGAUUCAUCAUCAAAUUCAAAAUCAGUGCAAGACGAUGUCGAUGACGAUGGGGAAAUUGAAUUAUCUGUAAGUGACUGUAAUGAAGAAAGUGCCAAUUUUAUUACAUGUUGUCAUGAUGAUCUUAAAAAUAUACCGAAAGGGGCUUUAGCAACAUUGAAAGAUAAGUUUUCAAUGGAAGUGUGUAUAGAUGACGGGGUAGCAAUUAGAUUAAGAGCUACUCCUCUAACUAUAAUACUUGACGAGGAGCCAAAAGAGGAAAAACGUCCUGACUAUUAUGAUAGGGAAACCGAAAUGGCUGUUAAUUCCAUAUCUAAUAUUGAUAAAUUAUAUACGCCUAUGAAAGAUUCAAUAAGAGCACAGGUUUAUGAUAUAUUUGAUUCUACUUUGACAAGUUUAGAUACGCCAUUAAAAACUAAUAGCCCUAAGAGAAAGGAAUGCGACACAACAGUCACAGAAAUUGUCUUAGAAGUAGAAAAGAUAGAACUUAAGUCUGAAGUGAAGCCCCGGAAAAGAUUAAACAGUGCAGAUUCGGACGAUGCCGUGAGUGAACCCAAAAGAUCGAAACCAGAAGCUCAAUACUUGUUAAACUCUGCUAACAUUCAGAACAUUGAUAUAGAGACAGUUCUCUCCAAAUUACAUGGACCUUAGUAAUAAGUAGAUCACACUAAAUCAGUGCCAGAUAUUUAAUUAUGUUGACAAUUCAAUUUUUGUAAAUACACAAAGUGAUUCUUAUGUAAAUCUCGAAUUUGAUUCUAUAUGUGUUAGACACAUAAGACUUGCUUAAUUUUUAUAACAAGUAUAUCUAUUCUACACUUUAGUUAUGAUCCUCUGUUAAGUUCUAGUUAUAAUGUGUGUUGUUUAAGAUCUUGUGCUAGACACAUUUAAUUUUGAAAAAAUAUAAUUAUUAUUUCCUAGA